UCCUCAGUGGAUGGUGAAGAAAUAGUCGAAAACAGAAACAGAUUACCUGUAAAGUUCUCAGACCGCGAGCUCUCUUUUCUUCUGAAGCUCAUACCAGAAUUGAUACAAACUUGAAUGCACAUACAAUACUAAUUUUCCUUUAUUUGUAUUAGUGACGAUAUGCCUGUAGCAAGAUGUGUUGAUGAUGCUGGCAAAUUCACCAUGGAGGGCUUUUACGGAUUUAACCUCCGUUUGCUCAUUUCUGAAUUUUCUUCUCGAGCCCCAAAAAUCAAGUUCUAUAGAUACAACGUUGGAGCGUCAGGCGAUAGGAAAGUAUAUGGGCUAUUUCAAUGCCGAGAGGACCUUAACCUACAAGUUUGCAGUGAAUGCAUUGAAGCUGCAGCUGUUAAGAUUGUUGAAGAUUGCCCUUUUUACAAAACAGCUCUCAUAUGGUAUACUGAGUGUAUGUUAAUGUAUACGAACCUUGUUGCAACUUUCCCCUCACCAGAGACGACAACGUUUGAUUUUCCAGAUGCUAGAGAAUGGUCUGGAGAUUUCUACCCUACAGAGUUUGGUAACAUAGUGGUAACAACCCUGAAACAUGUGAUCCGUGAUGCUGUUAAAAAUACAUCUUUGGGGCAUUUUGCUUCUAGAGAAGCAAUCCUAGCACCUUCGACUAAGAAAGUGUAUUGCCUUGCCCAGUGCAUUCCUGACAUUGAUACUAUGGUAUGCAACCGCUGCCUAAAAAAUGCUUUCGAAUUUAUGCGUUUCGGUAAUGGGAUAGGGAGGGAAAUAAACUUCAACCUGGGCUGUCAAUUAAUGUACGAGUAUGAUACAUUUAUUUCACACAAUCUGACUUUUUUGUCACCAACUCCGCCCCCGAAAACCUCAGACAGACCAAAUUCACCCCAAUACCAAUCCGGAGGGAAAGGACUUGGCGCGCCAUACAUUGGUGCUAUAGCAGCAAGCCUCGCUGUUGGAUCCAUAUUAUUUCUCUUGACUGCAUGGAUCUGUUUACGAAGGAGGAAACUGAAGAGGAGAAAUGAGGACACAUUUGAAGAGGCGUCCAAUGAAACGCCUACUGCUAGUGAUAUGGAAGAUAUCAGGAAUGCAGAAUCGUUGCAAUUCGACUUCAACAUCAUAAAAGCCGUGACUCACAACUUCUCUGAGGAUAACAAACUUGGAAGGGGUGGAUUUGGUGAGGUCUAUAAGGGAAGGCUCGAAAGUGGGGAAGAAAUAGCUGUGAAGAGGCUCUCGAAAUACUCUCAACAGGGCAUCUUGGAAUUCAAGAAUGAAGUUAUUUUAGUUGCAAAACUUCAACAUCGAAACUUAGUUAAACUACUGGGAUUCUGUAUAUCAGGAACCGAAAAGAUACUUAUCUACGAGUUCUUACCUAAUUCAAGUCUUGAUCGCUUCUUAUAUGACCCAUUGAAGCGAGCAUCUUUGGAUUGGGAGACUAGGUUUAAAAUUAUUACUGGUAUAGCAAGGGGGCUUCUAUAUCUUCAUGAAGACUCUCGACUCAAGAUCAUACAUCGCGAUCUUAAAUCCAGCAACGUUUUACUUGACCUGUCAAUGAAUGCAAAAAUAUCUGACUUUGGCCUUGCUAAACUUUUUGAAAUGGAUCAAACCCAAGGGGACACCAACCGGAUUGUAGGAACAUAUGGAUAUAUGGCUCCAGAGUAUGCAAUGGCAGGUCAAUUUUCAGUAAAAUCUGAUGUUUAUAGCUUCGGAGUCAUAGUCUUGGAAGUGAUCAGUGGCCAGCGGAACAGUUUCUUUGAUCGGCAACCACUAGAAGAAGGAUUAUUACACCGUGCAUGGAGGCUUUGGAAUGAGGAAGCUCUCUUGGAAUUGGUAGACCCUUCAUUAGGGAACAAUUUUUUGGCGAAGGAAGUGAAUAUGUGCAUGCACUUAGGUUUACUUUGCAUCCAAGAAGAUGCAGCAAAGAGGCCUAGAAUGACAUCGGUUGUUGCUGCAUUGAAUGGAGAAUCGGUUACUCUGCCUUCGCCCAACGCACCCCACCUUUUCAGCGCCAGUGUUGCCACUGAUACAACAGGUAGUAACUAUGAUUCAUCAACUGUGAAUGAACAUCAAGAAAUCCAAGAUGAUCAGCGCAAUAAUAAUGUAUACACUGGAACAAUGAAUAUUACAGAAGUCGAUCCUAGAUAAAUGUAUGCAACUAUGUUGUUAUCUGUGGUUUUCAUUGGAAAGAAAAACAACAACGGAGAAUACAAGACACGGGAUUAACUCGAUCAAAGGACAAAUAACUUGUUAAUUUUGUAUGAAUGACAACAGUAUACUAUAAGGAUUUUAAGUGUCCGAGCAUGACUCGAGCUUGAACAAGCUUUGAAAUUUGAUUUGGGUUUCAAUUUUGUUCAUUA